GUGUUUUCCAGCUUUAAAAAGGCAGCAGGCAAAUAGCAGGUCUGCGUCAGAGAGAGACUUUGAGACUCAGCUUAACUCCCAGCUUACAACAAGCAGCUAGAGAGAGGAAAAGAGAAGUCACACACUCCUAAACUCCCCACUCAUUCAUGACAGGCAGCUGCAGGCACACUAAUCACACUGAUACACAUGCACCCGUGCACUAUAGCAACACUACUGCCCCUUGCUUGACACUGCACUGAAGUAGUUUCACACAAAAUCAGUGUAACAGAAACUUCUGUCACAUUGCAGAGCUAGCAAAGAGAUUUACAAUACACUUUGCAUAACAAAUAUUUGUUAUUUCAUCUUAUAUGAACACAUUCAUUCAGUAAAAGGGCAGCAUAUAGUAACUCAAAGGCACACUUCAAUCUCGUAACAGUUCAGCUUGAUCGCUCCUCAUCAGGUGGAAAAAAAAAUAAACACACAGUGAGCAAAUCAUUUCUGGGAUCACCGAGUGGAUGCCACGCACUAGUGUAGCAGCAGCAGUGCCUUGCAGUCUUCCCCUCGGUCCGCUGUUCCCAGCCUGCGUCAGAGACACUUUGGAUUUGCAGCCCUUCUUCCCAUUCAUCGGCAGCAUGAAGUCAGCGGAGGAAGAGCACUAUAACUAUGCAUCUUCCAAUUUAAGUGCCAAUCUCUCACUUGGUGUGAUGAAUUCUGCAUUAUCAGCCACAUGUCAUGGUCUUCAACCAUCAAAUCCAGUCAUUUCCAUUAUUCCAUCAACACAUCAUCCCUCUGGAUAUGGAGGGAAUGUUGACAAUGAGGCAUCUGGUUACUACCUGUCUCCAAAUAUAAGACCCAAUGGAGUUCCCACCCUAGAAAGCCCAAGAAUAGAGAUUACUUCAUGUCUAGGGAUACAUUCUAACAAUAAUCAGUUUUUCCAAGAAACAGACAUCGAGGAAGCCAUUCCAAACACUAAAAGAGCACAUUCUACUGCAACUCUGAACUUGCCAAAUGUUGAAGGUUACCGAGAUCCAUCUUGUCUAAGUCCAGCAAGCAGUUUGUCUUCCAGAAGCUGUAAUUCUGAAGCUUCGUCUUUUGAAUCUAAUUAUUCUUAUCCAUAUACUUCCCCCCAGACAUCCCCCUGGCAGUCACCAUGUGUAUCUCCAAAAACCACUGAUACUGAAGAAGUUUACCAGAGAAGUAUGGUUGCCUGUACAUUAAUGGGCUCCCCUAGACAUUCUCCAUCCACCUCUCCCAGGACAAGUAUUUCAGAGGAAAAUUGGCUAACUGCUCCAAACUCACGCCCUUCUUCUCCAUGCAACAAAAGAAAAUACAGCCUUAAUGGUAGACAGACAUCCUACUCUCCACAUCACUCACCAACUCCAUCUCCUCAUAAUUCUCCACGAGUAAGUGUGACUGAUGAUACGUGGUUGGGAAAUACUCACCAGUAUACCAGUUCUGCUAUAGUUGCAGCAAUUAAUGCUCUCAGCACUGACCCUAUAGACAUGAAUGAUGGCAUUCCAAUAAAGUCUAGAAAAACAGCAAUAGACCACACUCCAACGAUGUCUCUUAAAACAGAGCCAAUUUGUGAUGACCAUGGCACAAUGUCACCUGCUGUUGAUUUGUCACCUGAAGAUUAUUCAGGAUUUCAUCACAUUAGGAAAGGAAAUUUCUGUGAUCAAUAUUUAUCAGUUCCACAGCAUCCUUACCAGUGGGCCAAACCAAAGAAUAUUUCUCCUACAUCGUAUCUAAGCCCCUCUCUGCCUGCCCUUGAUUGGCAUUUGCCGUCCCAGUCAGGACCUUAUGAACUUCGGAUUGAGGUGCAGCCCAAAUCGCAUCACAGAGCUCAUUAUGAGACGGAAGGAAGUCGAGGUGCUGUAAAGGCCUCUACGGGAGGUCAUCCUAUUGUGCAGCUACAUGGGUACUUAGAAAGCGAGCCUCUCACCAUCCAGCUGUUUAUCGGCACGGCAGACGAUCGCCUGCUGCGACCCCAUGCCUUCUAUCAAGUCCAUCGUAUCACCGGCAAGACCGUUUCCACCACAAGCCAUGAAACAAUCAUCUCCAACACCAAAGUCCUGGAAAUCCCUCUCCUGUCUGAGAAUAAUAUGAAAGCCAUUAUUGAUUGUGCUGGAAUAUUAAAACUCCGUAAUUCAGAUAUCGAGCUUCGAAAAGGAGAAACUGAUAUAGGAAGAAAGAACACAAGAGUUCGCCUGGUGUUCCGUGUCCACAUUCCACAAGCCAAUGGGAGAACUAUAACUCUACAAGUGGCAUCAAAUCCAAUUGAGUGUUCUCAACGAUCAGCUCAGGAAUUACCACUGGUGGAGAAACAGAGUAUUGAUAGCUUUCCAGUGAUUGGCGGGAAGAAAAUUAUUUUGUCUGGACAUAAUUUUCAUCAAGAUUCCAAAGUCAUUUUUGUUGAAAAAGCACCAGAUGGUCAUCAUAUAUGGGAAAUGGAAGCAAAAAUUGACAAAGACAUGUAUAAACCAAAUUCACUAGUUGUGGAGAUUCCACCUUUUCGCAACCAGAGAAUAUCAAGCCCUGUUGAGGUUAAUUUUUACGUUUGUAAUGGGAAGCGGAAAAGAAGCCAGUACCAAGUUUUCACCUAUCUUCCAGCUAAUGUUACCCAUCCAGAUUUUACCUACUUCAUGAAUUCUGGAAUUCUGGAAUCAGUAUCACUUCCAUGAAGAAUAUCGAACCUGUGUAAAACUUUAAGACCUCUAAAAAUGUAAAUUAUUGCUUGUUCAGUUAUUUUAAAUCCUAUAUAUGAGAGCCACAAUGCUUACUUUUAUAUAUAUUUUAGGCUAACAUAACCACUUGUAUAAACAUGUGUAUCAUAUGGUGGCUCAGUUAUAUUUCAUGCCUUGAUUUAGUAUAACUCAUAAAGGGAUUAACAUUAUCCAAAUAAAGCACACUCAAUGAGUAAUGUCCCUAAACAUUUGUCAGAAAGGUUUAUUACUGUAAUGUAGAGCACAUAGAAAUCUGCAGGCCAAACUGCUGUCUCUGUAUAUAUAUAUAUAUAUAUAUAUAUAAAUGUCCUAUAUGACUUUCAAAAUUAUCAUUUUGUUUUUUGUUGUUGUUACAAGAUUUGUGUAUACUAAAAUAAUAUUAAUACUAUUUAAACAUUAAUUAUAAAGACUGAGCUAAAACAGUUCAAAUGUUUUGUUACAAAAGAGCAUGCAUUAUGGUAUGUUCUGAUGGUGUUUUAGAAGGAACAUUCUGAACUCACAUAAAUGCCACUAUAUGUGAGUUAAAUGAAUGCUGUUUAAAGGGACAUUAAACCCAAUUUUUUUCUUUCAUGAUUUAGAUAAAGCAUGCAAUUUUAAGCAACUUUCUAAUUUACUUCUAUUAUCUAAUUUGCUUCAUUCCUUUGAUAUCCUUUGCUGAAAAGCAUAUAUAGAAAGGCUCAGUAGCUGCUGAUUGGUGGCUGCACAUAGAUGCCUUGUGUGUUUGGCUCACCCAUGUGCAUUGCUAUUUCUUAAACAAAGGAUAUCUAAAGAAUUAAACAAAUUAGAUAAUAGAAGUAAAUUGGAAUGUUGUUUAAAAUUAUAUUCUCUAUCUGAAUAAUUAAAGAAAAAUUUUGGGUUUAAUGUCCCUUUAAGCAAACAAAGAAGAAAAAAACAUUAAAAGUUUAAUUUCUUUCCUUAAAGGGAUAGUCUAGUCAAAAUUCAUGAUUCAGAUAGAGCAUGCAAUUUUAAGCAACUUUCUAAUUUACUCCUAUUAUAAUUUUUUAUUUGUUCUCUUGGUAUCGUUAUUUGAAAAAGCAAGAAUCUAACCUUAAUAGCCGGCCCAUUUUUAGUUCAGAACCUGGGAAGCGCUUGCUGAUUAGUGGCUACAUUUAGACACCAAUCAGCAAGCGCGACCCAGGUACUGAACUAAAAAUAAACCGGCUCCUAAUAUUACAUUCUUGCUUUUUCAAAUAAAGAUACCAAGAGAACAAAAAAAAUGUGAUAAUAGGAGUAAAUUAGAAAGUUGCUUAAAAUUGCUUGCUCUAUCUGAAUCAUGAAAGUGUAAUUUUGACUAGACUAUCCCUUUAACCCUUGUGGUUUGGUCUGGUUGCCUCAAAUUGAAACAAAACUUGUAUUUGAUUUAUCUUUUUUUUUAGCUGUGAUUAAAAAAAGUAUUUUAAAUAUGUAACUCAUGGUAUAUCAGUAGUGAUUAUUUUAAAAGUGAAUGCACUUUGUUGCAGAAAUUGGUGAACAUCAACAACUACAGAUCUAUGUCAUCUCUCAGCCACUCAGCUUCCUUCCUGAGACCUAAAUUUAUCUGUUAAGUGUACUGUAUUAGAUAAAAAAAACACCCUUCUGAUGAAAAUUACUUGUGUUCUUCAUUUGACGAGCUCAUAUAUAUCCGUAAUGACAAUAAACCUACAUACCUUCUUUAAUACCAGUAAGUAAUAAUAAUGCAACAUGAAGGUGAUAUAGACAUGCCUUACACAUUGUUGAUAUAAAAGUUAGAUUAUAACAGUUAGAAGUGAAAUAUUCUACAGCUUAAGAGGUACAUAACCGUCAAAACAGAAAUGUGCAUGAGUGAAUUUAGGUUUUGAAUAGAGUAUUUUUGCAAUGUACUUUAUUAGGAAAAAUGCUACUAUAAAGGUUAUUACCAUUUCAAUGGCAUAUGUAUAUAUGCUAUGUGUGAUUGUGUACCUGCAUUUAAACACAGAGAUGUGGCAUUUGUCAUGUUAGUGAUAACUCUGUUUAAAAUAUGCCAUGACAAUAAUAAUGGUAAUAAAGACAUAUGCUAAUAUAUAUAAUUGUAUAUAAAAGCUAAAAUUCCACACAGGCGUUUGCCCCACCUUGUAAGCCCAUGGCACUGAGUUUGCCCAGCAUAUGCCACUUAAACAUUGAUGACUUAUACCAGAAGCGAAAUACAAGUAUAUAGCAAGAAUGCUUCAAUUCAAAAUUCACUCAUGCACAUUUCCUUUUUUAGUAUUAUGUCCCUUUAAAAAAUAUAUCAGAUAGUUUUUCUCUUAAAGGGACACUGAACCCAAAUUUUUUUCUUUCGUGAUUCAGAUAGAGCAUGUUUUAAGCAACUUUCUAAUUUACUCCUAUUAUAUUUUUUUUGUUCUCUUGCUAUCUUUAUUUGAAAAAGAAGGCAUUUAAUCUAUUUUUUGGUUCAGCACCAUGGACAGCGCUUGCUGAUUGAUCGGUUAAAUUAAUCCACCAAUCAGCAAGAACAAUCCAGGUUUGUUCACUAAAAAUGGGCUGGUAUCUAAACUUACAUUCUUGCUUUUCAAAUAAAGAUACCAAGAAAAUGAAGAAAAUUUGAUAAUAGGAGUAAAUUAGAAAGUUGCUUAAAUUGCAUUCUCUAUCGGAAUCAGGAAAGAAAAAAUUUGGGUUCAGUGUCUCUUUAACUAUAUUAUUUAGGGGUGUUCAUAUAUUGUAGAAUGCAUUAAAUUACAUCAGUAGGUUCAUAUUAGAUUAAUCUGUUCAACUGUCCUACCUCACAACCCUUUUUCCAUUCUAUUUUACAUUCUACUCCCUGUUACUGAGAAGCAAUGUUCACAUUCUAAUAGUUUAUUCAAUAUAUAAUUAUCUAAACCAAUGAAGAAAUACAAGACAGAAGACUUUAAAGUCCCAGUGAUGAUAUUUACUCAAGAAAAAAACUUUACAUUUAUUAUUUUUAUCAUAUAAGUGCCUACAAACUGUGUUGUAUAUAUUCUUGAAGUAUUUAAUUAUGUAUAUAAGGAUGGACUGAUACAAUAAAAGUGGCAUGUUGGAUUGAAAAGUUUUAUAUUGCAUUUAUUUGUGAUGAUUAAACCAAGUUGAUUUACAUCAA